GGUGGGGGGGGGAGGAGCCUUAAAUGUGGAGAGUUUUAAGACUUUCAUUCUUCCAAAAUCCAAACUGCUGAGUGAAAAUAUCAAAACUGCGUUGUUUUCAGAAAAUUGAAUAAAAAUUGCUCUUUGUGAUCCAAAAUUAGCUUUAAAAGACCUUUAUUUCACACGAGAAGAAGGGACAGAUUUAACAGUAUCAGAAGAUGAUGCUUAAUACAACUGAUUCCUGUACUCUCGUUUUUAAAAAUUUUAGCUGAGAGGUAUAUAAGAAAGUUGUUCAUUAUUUGGACCGUCUCAGUAUUUCCACUUUCAUAUUUUGUAAGUAAAAACACUCGACAUGUUUACAGUAGAGAAUUCUACAGCGGUUCUUUUAGUAAAAAAUAAAACGUCUUAGAGAUAACCUAUAACGGAGAUAUAAGCAAAUCAAUUUUACUCGUCUUCUGUUAUGUUAUACAUACGAUCUGUAGCAGUUUUUUUCAAAUUUUAUUUUAUUUUAGUAUUUUAAUCACUGAAGCUCAACAAAACAAUGAGUCCAUACAAUUAGACAAGCGACCGUUAAAAAAGCGUUUAGAUCCGAACGAAUUUGAAGCAAAAAUUGAUUUCAUUCUGAAAUACGAUGAUGUACAUGUAGAUAAUCAAGAUGUUCGACAAAUAUUUUCUCGUCGACGAUGGCAACUCUUCGAACGGGGUUUAAAGCAUUUAUUUACGUUAGAAACAAUUGAAUAUUUAAAAGGUUACCAUCAAAAAUAUUCAGCACUUGCUAACUAA